CCCGUCACCCCUUAAUGGCUCUCAAUGACCUCUCCCAACCGCAGACGGUACCAACGAGUACCCCGCGCUGUGGGUCGACAAUUCCUUCACUCCAAGUAUUGCCCAAUCCGGACUAACCCGCCUUUGUUCUCUCGUUUUUUUCUGCACUCAGGGCGCCCCACCACCGCUGCAUUCUAAGCAAAAGGUGUACAGCCGCGACGAAGCGAGGGGUACCUGCCUUGCCCAGCUUCUUCAAAGGUCUGCUUCCGUUUACAGGUCACCUGGCCAAUUCCGACUCAACUUUUUCCUUUUAUACGCUCAAGCCCGUUCCUCUUUUUCCUCACGAUCUUUCCUUUCAUCCCGCAUCUCCUUCUCAAUUCCCCAUCUUCUUCCCCCUCCCUCCCAUUUCACAAUGUCCGCCGUGAACAACGUCAAGGGCGAGGCUGUCCUCCGUCCCUCGUCAGUACCUACGUCUGGCACCACCACCCCCAACCAUGGCCACCGUGCCUCGAGGUCAGCCCUCGUUGGCUAUGUUGCCCCCGAGUUCAGCGGCAAGGCUGAGCAGAAGAAAGCAGUCAAGGCUCUCAUUCUCGAGUCUAAUUGGGUCCCCGAGUCGCUAGUCGACGAGCAGAUCCACUGGUUUUACGACCUCCUUGGCAUUGACGAUGUCUACUUCAAGAUUGAGAAGCCCGAGGUCAUUGCCAGACAGAUCAUGUCUCUGUACGCCGCCAAGAUCGCCGCCUUCUCCCGCGAGGACAAGCGCGAGGAGAUCCGCCUCGAGAUGGAGGCUGACGACCACGCCAUCUACAUUGACACCAGUGAGCCUGGUCAGUCCAACGUCGACGGACCCCGCUACGAAGGUCGCCUCGAGGCCAAAUACAUGGACCACGACGACAACACCCAGUACCGCGUCGAGACUUUCCGUUCUCCCGCCGUCAUUGGCGCUAGCCCCAACUCCAAGGCUUCCGUCCGUUGCUACUUCGUGUACCAGUGCCAGUUCCCUCAGAGGGCUGAGGCGAUUGACCCCAAGGAGACCAACAUGGAGCUCAUCUCCGAUGUUGGCUUCUGGCAAAAGGCCACCGACAACACCAAACAGAUCUACCAGGAGAUCAUUGAGCUUGCUGUCAACCGUACCGGCCCCGUCAUUGAGGUAUUUGACAUUGACGACUCCGUUGAGAAGCGUCUCGUCAUUGCCUUCCGCACUCGCACUGCCCGCGGCAUGUUCUCUUCCCUCUCCGAUCUGUACCAUUACUACGGAGUUACCUCCUCCAGAAAGUACGUUGAGCAGUUCGCCAACGGCAUCACUGUCAUGUCCAUCUACCUCCGCCCUGCUGCUCCCGAGGACGGCUACUUCCCCCCCAUGGAGGAGUCCAUUGUCCAGAUCACCAAGGAAAUCUCUCUUCUGUACUGCUUGCCCCAGAACAGAUUUGCCAACGCUUUCGCUUAUGGUGAGCUGAGCCUCCAGGAGGCCGUUUACGCCCACUCCGCCUGGGUGUUCGUCCAGCACUUCCUCAACCGUCUCGGUCCCGAGUACGUCUCCCUCUCUCAGAUCCUCGACAUCAACGAGAGUGGCCAGGCUACCCUCCUCUCCAAGCUCAAGCGCCGUCUCCGCACUGAGACCUUCACCCCCGACUACAUCCUCGAGAUCAUCAAGUCCUACCCCGCCCUCGUCCGCUCUCUCUACGCUUCUUUCGCCAAUGUCCACCUGGGCAUCCCCGCCGACGAUGUCGUCUCUCCUACCCCCAAGGUUGAGGUCCUCUCUGACGAGAAGCUUGGUGAGACCAUUGCCAAGACUGUUGCCAACGAGCACGAGGAGAUGGUCAUGACUGCUUUCCGUGUCUUCAACAAGGCUAUCCUCAAGACCAACUACUUCACCCCCACCAAGGUUGCCCUGAGCUUCCGAUUGGACCCCUCUUUCCUCCCCGAGGCCGAGUACCCCCGACCCUUGUAUGGCAUGUUCUUGGUCAUUGGUGCCGAAUCUCGCGGUUUCCACCUCCGCUUCAAGGAUAUUGCCCGUGGUGGUAUCCGUAUCGUCAAGUCUCGCAGCAAGGAGGCUUACGGCAUCAACGCCCGCAACCUCUUCGACGAGAACUACGGUCUUGCCAGCACUCAGCAGCGCAAGAAUAAGGAUAUCCCCGAAGGUGGUUCCAAGGGUGUUAUCCUUCUCGACCCUGGACAACAGGACAAGGCCACUGAGGCCUUCGAGAAGUACAUCGACUCCAUUCUCGAUCUCCUCCUCCCCGCUGAGACCCCCGGUAUCAAGAAUCCCGUUGUGGAUCUCUACGGCAAGGAGGAAAUCCUCUUCAUGGGUCCCGAUGAGAACACCGCCGACCUUGUCGACUGGGCUACCGAGCACGCCCGCAUCCGUGGUGCUCCCUGGUGGAAGUCCUUCUUCACUGGCAAGUCUCCCAAGCUUGGUGGUAUCCCCCACGACAAGUACGGUAUGACCACCCUCUCCGUCCGCGAGUACGUCAAGGGUAUCUACCGCAAGCUUGACCUCGACCCCUCCAAGGUCCGCAAGAUGCAGACUGGUGGCCCCGAUGGUGACUUGGGCAGCAACGAAAUCCUUCUCGGUAACGAGACCUGGACCGCCAUUGUUGACGGCUCUGGUGUCCUCGCUGACCCCAACGGUCUUGACCGUGAGGAGCUUCUCCGCCUGGCCAAGAAGCGUGCCAUGAUUAGCGAGUACGACAUGAGCAAGAUCUCCAAGGACGGCUACAGAGUCCUUUGCGAAGACAACAACGUCACUCUCCCUAACGGCGAGUCUGUCGCCAACGGUACUUCGUUCCGCAACACCUACCACUUGCGCGACACUGGCAUGACCGACUGCUUCGUCCCUUGUGGUGGCCGUCCCGAGUCUAUUGACUUGAUCUCGGUUAACCGCCUGAUCAAGGAUGGCAAGACCACCAUCCCCUACAUUGUGGAGGGUGCCAACUUGUUCAUCACCCAGGACGCCAAGCUCCGCCUCGAGGCCGCUGGCUGUAUUCUCUACAAGGAUGCCUCUGCCAACAAGGGUGGUGUUACCUCCUCUUCCCUCGAAGUCCUUGCUUCUCUUGCCUUUGACGACGAGAACUUCCUCACUCACAUGUGUGUUAACUCCAAGGGUGAGGCUCCUCAGUUCUACCAGGACUACGUCCGCGAGGUCCAGGCCAAGAUUUGCGACAACGCCCGUCUUGAGUUUGAGGCCAUCUGGCGCGAGCAUGAGAGAACCGGUGAGCCCCGCUCCAUCCUCUCUGACAAGCUCUCCGUUGCCAUUACCGAGCUUGACGAGAAGCUCCAGCAGUCCGACCUCUGGACCAACGAGACUAUCCGCUACGGUAUCCUCAAGGAUGCUCUUCCCCAGCUCCUCCUCAAGGAGAUUGGCCUCAAGACCAUGGUUGAGCGCAUCCCCGAGAGCUACCUCCGCUCCAUCUUUGGUAGCUACCUGGCCUCCCGAUUCGUCUACGAGUACGGUGCCGAGCCCAGCCAGUUCGCCUUCUUCGACUUCAUGUCUCAGCGCAUGGCUGCCAUCACUGGCUCCACGGACGGUACCGAGCGUCUUCGACGCGCUUCUGUCAGCGGCCGCAACUAAGCCAAUGACAGACAGCAAUAAUAAGUCCCUGCGAAGAACAUGUCGACCGCAAGACGACGGCAAGGUUGGGUUGUGGUGAUUGUGGGCAGCGCAGCUGUAAAAAUUUAUAUUGAUGAACAAAAACGACGGCACAGCAUGGACAUCAAGGUGUCCCGCUUGCCAUUAUUUAAUGGGAAACGGCAAGAAAGACGAUGGCGAGAAACAGCACUCGAAAAGCCAAAGAAAAAAGUAACUGCGUUUUAUUUCUUUUGAUUUUGACAUGAUUUUGACAUUGUUGUUACGUUGCUACAUGAGAUGCACUUUUGAUUUGGGGAAAGCAAAAAGCAAAAUUUAGCGGCAUCGUCGAGAAGACGACCAGCAUUAUAUACAAACUUAAUACCUGGCAUUUUAGAAAUGCGAAAAAUACUAUAUUUUACUUGUCAUAUUUAUUCUCAUAUAAUUGUAUUCCGUUUUUACUGGUUGACGGAAGAGUGAUAAUUGUGUUUAAGAGCUAAUACCGGGUAG